AUGCUCGAGGCCCUGGAAGCCCUUGGACUCUCCGUGGAAGCAAAUAAAGUUGCAAAAGGAGCUGUGGUUGUUGGCUGCGGCGGCAGGUUCCCAGUUGAAAAGGACACCAAAGAGGAAGUAAAGCUCUUCUUGGGUAAUGCUGGAACUGCAAUGCGGUCACUGACAGUAGCUGUAGUUCCUGCUGGUGGAAAUGCAACGUAUGUUUUCUUUAUCCUAGUGGAAAUAAGUAUGAGAUCCAUGGGUAGUUGUGAGAUCUUCUUUUCGUUCAGUACUUGUUGA